GACGUUCCAGGAAGUGCUUAAAGAAGAAAUAAAACGGACUGACCGGUUGGGCUGCAAAGCGAACUAAUGUUCAUUACGUUAGACCUUGUCUUUCCUUACAUUUUUGUAGAUUUUUUUUCUUGUUUUAUUUUUAGAUAAGAAAUAAAAAUCUCUAAGAUUCGUCUCGUUCGUUUUAAACGCGUAGACCAAUGUCUUGCUAGCAUCAAAGGACAACAACAGCUCUUUGUCUCAUUGGAUGAUCAAAGCGUUGCUUUCUUCCUGUCUGGUUCUGUAACACCAACCUUUCCGGUGUAUCCUUUAGAUGUCGUGGCAGUAGGGUUAGUCAGGCUGCUAUUAUUUUCACAUCCCGUGUAAAGAGCAACCAAAACACGGAUGUUACCCCCCCUCCUUCCAGCGGCAUCAAUCAGCCUCUAGGUGCUCCUCCAGACAGCAGCUGAUCAUGGAGGAUGAGCUGUUCCAGCAUGUGGUGUCCGUGUUCAGCGCGCUGGUGUCAUGGAUCGCCGCUGGUGCCAUCAUGUUCGGAGGGGUGGUGCCCUACAUCCCGCAGUACCGAGACAUCCGCCGGAGCCAGAACGCGGAGGGCUUCUCCACAUACGUGUGCCUGGUCCUGCUGGUGGCCAACAUCCUGAGGAUCCUGUUCAGAUUCGGCCACUAUUACGAGAUGCCGCUGCUGUGGCAGAGCAUCAUCAUGAUCGGCACCAUGCUGGUCAUGCUGAACCUUUGCACCGACGUCCGGAUGGCCGCAGAACUCAACACCAAGAGACGCUCCUUCUUAGCGACGGACAGUAAGGACGAAGAGGUCAGAAUCCCUAAGAGGCUCUUUCUGGAUUUUGAGUGGAGCUACUUUUGGUCAUGGAGUCGCUUCGUGGACUACGUUCAGUGCGUGCUGGCCUUCACGCUGGUGGCAGCCUACAUCACCUACCUCCUACUGGACUCCACGCUGUUUGUGGAGACCUUGGGCUUCCUGGCGGUUUUCACCGAGGCAAUGCUCGGAACGCCGCAGCUCUACUGCAACUAUCAGAACAAAUCCACAGAAGGCAUGAGCAUCAAGAUGGUUCUGAUGUGGACCAGCGGCGACACCUUUAAAACGGGCUACUUCCUGCUCACAGAGGCUCCCGUGCAGUUCUGGACAUGCGGCCUGCUGCAGGUCUUUGUGGACGUCGCCAUCCUCUUCCAGGUUUACUACUACAGCCGUUACCCGCAGAAACCGGUGUCCCACACCGUCUCCCUCACCACCAGUGCCAAAGUUCUUUAGGAGCCGCCACACAUCAUCAGGAAACUCAGAGAGUCUAAAGAUAGAGGAAUACCAAAGGACCUGAUCAAGCAAGCUGCUCAAAUGCGAAGACAAACACACUUAAAUAUGGCUUCUACGCCUCGGAGGUUCUUAAGGGACGCCUGAUUCACUCAAAAUCUAUUUUAUUUUUGAAGCUAUAGACUUCCUCUCGAUGUGCUGAAAUGCAUGCACCCUCUAAUGCACAACCAAUCAGCCUGCGCAUGUGGAGGAACACUCUUCAUACCCAUAUGUAAACUUCACACACGUUCGCACUGAGCUCAGACCAGUUUCUGUCGUCCACAUUGUGAUGAAUGUUGCAUUGAGCCUCUGCCUUAAUUUUCCAAUCACUCAUGACCCGCUGCUACCAGCUACUGAGUAUUUGUAAUGGAUUCAGUGCAAAAAAAAAAAAAACUGUAAAGAUCUGUGUUACUGAAUGUACAAACAGGCAUAGUGUUGAAGAUGGAGCUAUGCUUUGUUGGUUAAGUCUUCAAGGUCAUCGUUUUUUUUCAUCUAAAACCAUAAUCUGGAAGGAUUCAGGUCCACAGGGAAACGUCUUGUACUCCUGAAACUGUUACAUCACUUAGAAACAUUAGUGGCCUUUAGACAGAUUAGAAAAUCCAGCUCCCUCUGACUUUAUUCUACCUGUUUUGUGUUUUUUUUUAUCAGCCACUGACCACUCUUUGAUUGUACUAUUGUUGCUGUUCUUUUUCCACUGAAAGUCCGUCUUCAUUCCUCUGCUGGUUUGGGAAAUCAAAAGCUGGGUUGUUUAUGAAAGCACACAAAAAAAGAUUGGUUCAGUCAUUUUGGUUACUAAUGAUUUGUUUUUUAUGCUUAGAAGUGUUUCACCUCUUAAUGGAACUAAUCGACAGGUAAACGCGUACCUGAUUCAUUAGUGUGGUAAGCUGCCAAAAUGCUUUCAAGCCUUAAAUGAACAGACUAAUGGCAUCAGCUUUGGUGAAAAUGUAACAUGGUCAAAGUUUUCUCAUAGGUUUGGGCAUCAAGAAGGUAUAUCGAUUGGAACCGUUUUUAACCUUUAAACUUACCGGGAAUCGUUUAAAGUUUCUUAGUUUCGAUGCCACAAAAAGUAGAAGCUGCCUAAUAUCAGCAAAGAGGAAUGGACAGCAGUGUGUGUCCAUCUGUUUGUUCUGUGGCAUUAAAAAGUGUGGCUUAAUGUUAAAUAAGGAAAUGACCAGUCGGCUACCUGCGACACUAGCAAUGGGAUUAUAUUGUGCAAAAGACAGCGUGAUUUAUCACCUUCUAUGUCAGGAUGGAGCCUCAUCUUUGACCUGCUCCGCUUGUGUUUUAAGGUAGAUUUUCCCAUAGGGAAUUUGUUCCUCCUCUAAAUUCGUAGAGCAUCUUCUCCAGCUAGAGCACAGCUUUUUCAUAUUUUCUGCCGUUAUAUAUUUGGCUUUUUCUAUGCGUUCUGAAUAGAAUGAAUUUUUUUUAGAUUAUGCUGAAAUUUCAAGCUUAAAUUCAUCUUCUGUCUUAUUUAAGUUCAUUUGGUUUCUGUUUCAUGUGAUGAAACCCUAUAAUUGGAUAAUGAAGUAUGAAAUCUGAUCGUUCCUCUGUCAACAAAAGUAAAUAUAUUGGUGAAGAGUCAUCCAGGUCAUCCAGGUCAUAGUCAUUCCAAAAAAAGUUCAAAACAAUCCACUGGACUUUGUGUCAAAGUUUGAAGAUGUUUCGCUUUCCAUCCAGGAAGCAAAACAUCUUCAAACUUGGAAACAACAGUGGAUUGUUUUGAACUUUUUUGGUAGAUAUUGUGGAUAUAGACUCUGAAACCUUCCUAAAACCAUGCCACGGUAAGAAUCCAGUCAAUAAAAUACUCUGAUAUAACAUAAAUAUGUGACAUUUAUGUAAAGAUAGAUGUUCAAGUAAUUAAAUUUCAUUUAAAAGCUCAGACUAUAUCUAAAAAAUAAAAACUUUUAUGAUUCUUCUACUUGAAAGAUUCAGAAUCGAGAAUCAAUACGAUCUGGAUUCGAAACAGUAAAACUGAAGAAGAAUUGUUUAAAUUCAAACGAUGCCCAACCCUAUUCCUUUAUAGGUGUAAUUAGACAGAACCUGCAGAGAGGGGUUUUAACAUUUAAAAUGCAUUUGUUUCAGAUCAUCUCAUCAUUUUUAUAAACAAGCUCAGUUAAUACAAACAGUAGGAAAACUUUAAAUUAUGCUUUCAUUCAUUAAGGGAAUGAAAGCGAUCCAAACCAGCACACAUUACUUGAAUAGAACCUGUUCGACACGCAGAAGGCUUAAAGCAACACAUCAGACCCCUGGUGUCAAGGAAAUUCAGAACCAAGAGGUAAAUGAAUUCAAGUGACAUCAGUCGGUUAUUCUAGUACGGCGUUAAACAACAGCUGCAGAGGAUGGGAGCCCUUCACAGGAGAGACCACACAAUCAAAAUUACUCCAGGAGGGCACGAAACAAAGCUGAACUGCAUCUAAAGCCACAGACUUCUCUUUCCUUAAGGUCACUGUUUUGAUUAUGGGGGAAAAUGGUAGUUUCAAGGCCAAACCCACCACUUGCCAAAAUAAAAACAAAAGCCAGAUUUGGCUCACAGGCAUGUGCAUGAUCCUCAAAACCUUUUUUUUUUUUUUUUUUUUUGAUGUUCUGUGGACUAAAAAAACAAAGGUGGAACUUUUUAGAAGGACUGCAGUCUGUAACAGACAAAGAUCCUCAUACCAAGAGUCAAACAUGGUGGCGGCAGUGUGAUGUUCUGGAGGUUUUUCCAAAAAUCUGAAGAAAUAACCUCAAAGAUUUAUAAGAUGGAGAUGGUCUAGUCAAAGUCUCAAUUUUAAAGGGCUUUAGUGGGUCCUGAAGUAGACCGUUCCUGCUCACCAAACCCCUAUCUACCUGUACUACCAGGCUGCGACAGAAAGGGGGUCAACAGGAAACAGCAGUGAGGUUCAGGAGGCAUUUACAAUAUACGUAUAACCUUUUUUUCUACUUUUUAUAAUUACAUUAUCCUUUUUAUGCUUUUUUUGAUGAACUGAACAUAAGCAAAGCCAGAAGGAAUCUGUAUUGGAGAAAUAUUUACAUGUUAACUUACAUACAUCACUUCUUUGGCAUUUUUUUUCUUUUUUUUUAAGAACUGCUAGAUUUUUUUUUAUUCUGGUAUUUAAUAAUUUCAGGGGUUUUUUAAAAACUUGUUUUCCCAUUGUGAUCUGAAAACACUUUUAGAAUAUUGAAGUAUUUCUGGGAAUUAAGAGUAAGGAAAAAAAACUGAUGCCAUAAAAAAUAAGAAUAUUUUUCCUGUUGUGUAAUCAGUUAUAGUUUCUGUAUUCUAAUUUUUGCCCUGUAUUUGACUCUUUCCUAAAAGCCAUGUGACAAACUGAAAGUGUUUUGUUUCGUGUGGCGAGGAAGAAAAAUGUGUUACUGGAGAAAAUGAAGCACAGAAUUUGUGUUGCUUGUGACGCUUCCCUAUUUUAAACAGGGCGUGUCGAAUGAAAGAUAUAACUUUCAGAAUCUUCUA